AUGCCGUCUGUAUUUUCGAAGAUCGUGGGUGGCGGUGUCACCAGCGCGCUGCCUGGUGUGUUGGCUCGAGUCGGUGUACCUCCCUCACUUACUACAGCUGUGACAGCAAUUCUUCCUACUGCUGCGGCCGCUGACACUGUUUGCGACAUGUUUGAGAGCCGAAUGACUUCUUGUGUUACCAUUUCAAACAUCAAUCCACUCGUCGACUUGGUACAGGCCUGGAUCCGCGAUCAGACCCCAACUCCAUCUAUUUUUGACCGGCCCAACAACAAUUUGACCAUCGGUCUGCCGCGUCCGCCGGGGAUGUUGGGCCUAGGAGACGAUGACGAUGCCGAGUACGACCAAGGUAAAGGUAAGAUCGAUUUCGAGUGCGAAGCCAAGGACGGAGAAACCUUUGAAUUCGAGAAACGGACUUUCUGGACCACCAAGAAAUGGGAGGACAACAAACAGCUUGGACUGAUGCUGACUUCGCUCACGGUUCACUGCUACGGACAGGACCCAGCGCCGAUCAGGCGUCUACUGCAGCAUAUCCAACAAACUUCGGUCGAGAACAACGAGUAUAUCAAGUUGAGAAUUCCCGGACAUGGUUACAGCAGCAACGGCGGUAUCAGCCGUUGGCGUCGGAUCGAUGGCAAGCGUGCCCGGUCACUAUCUACAAUCGAGCUCAGCGAUGGGAUCAAAGAGGACAUUGUGUCAGACAUUGAGCACUUCUUUCUUCCCAGCACGAAGAAGCGUUAUCACCAAAAAGGACAGCCCUACCGACGUGGCUUUCUGCUCCAUGGUCCGCCUGGUACAGGCAAGACGUCCCUAAGCUCUGCGCUGGCUCGCCAUUUUCAGCUGGAGCUCUUCGUUGUCAGCCUGGCAACAGUAGCCAGCGACACGGUGCUCGCUGAAAUGCUAUCAGAGCUGCCUCCGCGUUCGAUCAUAAGCCUUGAGGACGUUGACAGCUUGGGACUGGGCCGUGAAAAGUCGGACAAGCGCGACGCUCGCGGCUCCCCAAUCUGGCAGAUUGUGAUCAUGACGACCAAUGCAAUCGAGAACCUCGACUCUGCUCUGGUCCGUCCGGGCCGCAUUGACCGCAAGAUCCUGAUGGAUCGGGCUGACAAAGAUCAAGCCCGCAGAAUGUUCCUUCAGUUCUAUUCUGAUGCGGAGAAUGUUCAGUCGCUUGCAAUACUGUUUGCGGACCAUCUUCCAGACCGCGCUCUGACUCCCGCCGAGGUUCAAGGCUUCAUGCAAUUACAUCCAGAGGAUCCGAUGGCGGCUGCCACUGGGAUUACGCAGCAUGCUCAACAAAUCAUGAAAGCCCAGCAAGCCACUUCGACCGAUGGCGAUGGCCCCAAGAGCGAAGAGAUCGACGACUUGGAAGCUGUCAUCGCACAACGAAGCGCUCACGGCAAAAGAUCUCGAAUGAGCAGACCGCAUGUCCGUCGUCGGGUCAUUCCCUUCAAGAUCAGCAAGCCGUCGCCAUUCGGAGGUAGGCUUCUGAGGUAA